AUGACGACCGGCGAGCACUAUGUGCUGUACUCGUAUUGGCGCAGCAGCUGCUCGUGGCGCGUGCGUCUCGCCUUGGAGUGGAAGGGCAUUGCGUUCGAUUAUCGCACUGUGCACCUGUUGAAUGGCGGCGGCGACCAGUUCCAAGACGAGUACACGGCGCUCAACCCGAAUCAGCGUAUACCAACGCUCGUAGUCGACGGACACGUCUUGCCACAGUCCAAUGCUAUCCUCGAGUUUCUGGAGGAGACGCACCCGGAGAAGCCAUUGCUGCCAACCGAUGCGUUUGCCCGUGCGCAGGUGCGCAACUUGUGCGCUAUAAUCGGCUGCGACGUCCAGCCGAUUCAGAACUUGACAGUGCAGAUUAAGGCGACGGAGGACGUCCCGGAGGAACAUCGACCUGCUAAGAAACAGCAGUGGUCUCGGUUUUGGAUCGAACGAGGAUUCCACGCUCUUGAGGCGGAGUUGGUCAAGACAGCUGGCACGUACUGCUACAAAGACGAGGUCACCCUUGCUGAUCUGUACCUGCAGCCGCAAGUCUAUAACGCCAAUCGAGUUGGCGUGGACAUGGCUAAGUACCCGACCAUUGCUCGUAUCACUGCAGAACUGGAAGCCAUACCAGCGUUUCAACGAGCACACCCGUCCCAGCAACCAGAUGCUGUUAACUGA